AUGUCAGGUAAAUCUUUUGAGAUCACGUAUAUUCGCCUGAAAUUUUACUCACCGCGGCCGGAAAGUUUUGCAAUCUACAAGCGUACGUGCCAAGAUUGUCCUUGGAUACCGUAUCAGUAUUACAGUGGCUCUUGUCGGUCAACGUACAACCUCCCUGACAGUGAAUAUGUCAGCUACGCUGAUGAAACAUUGGCUCUCUGUACCAGUGAAUUCAGUGACAUCUCACCACUAACGGGAGGAAAUAUUGCUUUCAGUACGCUUGAAAAUAGACCGAGUGCAAGGAGUUUUGAUAACAGCGCCGUUUUGCAGGAUUGGGUAACAGCUACUGAUAUUCUGGUUAUGCUGACGAGAUUAAACACAUUUGGAGAUGAAGUUUUUAGGGUACCAAAUGUUCUGCGAUCAUACUUCUACGCCAUCACAGAUUUCUCAAUUGGUGGAAGGUGUAAAUGCAAUGGUCACGCCAGCCGGUGCAUCGAAGCACCCAACGAUCCCGACAACCGUCUUGUGUGUCAGUGUGAACAUAACACAGCAGGUCCAGACUGUGGCGAAUGUCUCCCUCUUUACAAUGACAGGAAGUGGAGGAGAGCAACCGCUGGGAACGCAAAUCAAUGCAUGAGUAAGUCAGCACUCUGUUUAAAUUCAAUUUUCAUAAUUUUGGACCCAGUCAGAUAGUAAAAGAGAGCCCGAUGAUAACUUUGCAUGAGUAAUGGUUACUUUUUAGAAUGUGAUGAUAAUAGAGCUUGAUGGCAAGUUUGACAUUUGUCUUACUUGCUAGCCUCUGAUAGUAAUGGUAUAAAUGAAAUGAAAUGCAAUUAAGUACUGCAGACAAGCCAGUCAGGAUAUUUAUUAAUGCAAUACCAGUAAAAGGUCAUGCAAGCCCCUCUGGCUUUGUUCAUAUUGAUGAUGAUGAUGAUUGUGAUGUUGAUGGUGAUGAUGAUGAUGGCAAUAGUAAUGGUUAAGGUGUUGGUGAUGAUGAUGAUAAGGAUGAAUUUAUGAUGAGGAGGCUGACGAUGAUUAUUUUUAUAGCUACAUAGUAAUGUCGUUCUUGUAUUUUUAUUUACACAAUAACUCUUGCAUAAAUUUAAUUUACUGAUUUUUUGAUACUUUUGCUUAUUGUUUAUGAAUUUUUUACAAUCAAGUAUGAAUCAAACAGGUAUUAGUUAAUGUUUUAUAGUCAUAGCGACCCUUUGCAGGAGAGCAACAUUUUCAGUUUACAUGUAGUUAAAUGGGAAAUAGUAAUUAAGGUAUUGUAACUGGAUAAUCCAACAGAAUGAACACUAAGUUGAUCAAUAUCACCCAAAAAUCAGAGUUAUCAUCUAAUACUUUUUAAGUAGUGGCAGAUUAUUAUUAUUUUUUUUUAUCUUUAAGAGUUCAUGUAUAAUCAAUAGAACUGCAUAUUGUUGGAUGCAGAUAGCAUGUACAGCGCGUCCCAAAAAAAUGUCCCUCUGACAUAGGACUUAAUUAAUUCUAAAAUGUGGUAGUAUUCUCAAAUAAAUGUUCAUGAGUAGAAAGCUCAUUUCAUGAUCUAACUUCUAUGAAAAUUUCAUUGGUCUCGCUUCAGCGGUUUUGAAUACACACUCUGUUAUGUACCAGUGGUGCAUUUUAGCCCAUUCCAAGUUUGCAGCAUUGAUGCAUAUCUGCAUUGUCUAUGGCAUGUUAACCCCCAUUUUUACAUCCAGGAUCUGAGCAGGGACAUUUCCCUAAUCAUAUCCAGGCUCAUCAAAUUAUAAACUUGGGCAUGUUCAGAAGGGCAAGAAAUAUAAAAAAAUAAAGUUUUUUGAUAAUUGAUAAGGGGAAUCAGUGCACCAACUUGAAAGAAAAUGUGAAUGAUGGAUGAGUAAAAUAAGCUCAAAAAUAAAGGGGAAUCCGCAAGUUAAACACCCUUUGCGAAAAAGGAACUUUACCAGAGAAAAAUUUGACUUUUUUUUCUUUUAAAAAGUUACAUUGAAUUAACUUGACCACAGUAGCUUAUUAACU